AGUUGUUACAGGCAGACCGUAGCAGACAGAGUUUGCAAACUUUGUUUUGUAUUUUGAAAGUAACGUAGUGGGAUGCAGCGUUUUGACAUACAUAUGUACCACAGCCUGCACAGAUGAUUAUAAUCAUGAAUGUCUCUGAAGAUUAUGAAGUAAAACAGAAAACUGUUGUGGAGCAUUGGAAUUAUAAAGGUUUAUUGGAAUUAGAAGCAGAUUUCUGUAAAAACCAUGCACAUGUUGAAAGACUCUAUUUAAAAAGGAAUAAAUUAAGAACACUGCCCAAAGAAAUUGCCUUAUUAACCAGCCUAGUUGAAUUAUAUGUUCCUGGCAAUGAAAUCCAAGAACUGCCUCCAGAGAUUGGUGAUAUGAAAAAUUUGAAGUUUCUGGAUGUCAGUUCAAAUUACAUUGAACAUUUACCAAAAACUAUCGGUCAACUUCACAAACUUCAAAAACUUGUAGUUUCUAUUAACAAACUACGUAUACUGCCUAAAGAGAUGGAGCAACUGGUCGGCCUGGAAACCUUAGAGGCUAUACAUAAUAAUUUGCAAAUAUUUCCAUCCCAGUUAUGUCAGUGUAAAAAUUUACAAACAUUGUGCUUUGACUGUAAUAACCUAAAGUUUAUACCAAGACAAAUUGUUAAAUUACAAAGACUGAAAACCUUAUCUAUAAGUGGAAAUAAAUUGUUAUCUCUUCCUUAUACAUUGUUACAGAUGUCAAGAUUACAAAAUAUAUAUGUAGAUAAUAAUCCAUCUUUGUUUGUUUUUCCUUAUGGUGCAUCAUAUGGUAAUUACAGAUGUGGUACACACCCGAUUUGUGAAGAUGAAGAUGAAUUUCUGACUGUAAAGAUAGAACAGCAAGGAUGUAUUUCUAAACUUUAUUUAGGACCAGAUAUGAAAGAAUUAAAUCAACCAUACUCAAAAAAUGUUCCUCUUCUUCUUGAACUUUGUUUUCGGAUAUUGUCAACAUCAAAUGUUGAUCAACACAGUUUGGUUAAAAAUUUGGAAUCUCAUCUACCAAAGGAACUGUGCAACAUACUUGAUACAGCAUCAGGAAUAUGCUUCGACUGCCAAAAGACUUUGUAUCUCAGUGCAUUUCCACUGAUAUUGAGGUCAAAACAAUCUGAAACUUUGUAUGAUAUAAUAUUUUACUGCUCUCAGAAUUGUCUGUUUAAGUGUUCAGAUGAUCAGAAGCUAGCUGCAAUUUAUCCAUUAAUACCAAAAAGAUAAAAAUUGAUAAAAUCUUAUUAAAUCCUGUUAUUUUUAUUGUUAACUUUCCAGAUUGAGAUAGGUGAUAAAUAUGUAUAUUUCAUUGAAACAGUAAGUCUGGAAAAAUAAUAUUUGCUUGUGAUUUUGAUCAUAAAACGGGGGAUUAACAGCCUGAAUACUGAUGUUAUCAUAGCGUUAUAUAGUGUGUUCAAAACACCCAAACUAGACAUGACUUCACAGUCAUGUUACAGUAUCUUUCGCAGUACAGUAUUGAAAGAAAACUUUCCCAUCAUCAUGGUGAAAAGCUUAAUCAAACUUCAGUCUGCUAGACGGAGGGCUUGGCGAGGAAUAGCAUCUUGUCAUUCUAAUAGGAUGAAAAACACAGGUCCUAUGUGCAGUGGUAUAGCGAGGGGAGGGGCUUCACUUGACAGGCAGCUGAUCUCUAGAUUCUAUCCCAUUUCUGAUCCUCUUGUUUACAAGAUUUGCUCUCAGUUAUGACCUCAAAUGCCAUAAAAUUGACUCAAAUUUUCUUGGGUCGACCCCCACCACACACACACACACAUAAACCAGUUCUUAGAGCUUUUACCUCGAAGACUUCAUCAAAAACACACUGUUUAACAUGAGUAUUAUAACAUUAAACAAUAUUUUGAGGAGAAUCUGUGACAGAAUGAAUUGUUUAUUUAUUAGAAUUUGUGAUCUCUUUAAAUAUUCGGACAACACUACGAAACGUCACCUGUAUGAUAACACCACACAUUUAAAUGCUAAAAGAAGUGGUAAAAUAGCCAUGAUCAUAAAACAAACCCUAUCCAUAAAGUCAUGGUCUGAAAUACAACCAACAAAUCAUGAUUCAUAUGGAAGUUAUACAACAACAUUAAACUCGGUAGGCCUAUCUGCUUGGAAACCUACUAUUAAGAGAUCCGUUAAUUUUUGGUACCUUAAUAUCAAUCACCCUCCGCCGAUACUGCCAUCUAUGUGUCCGCUUAUGCAAUGGCAGCCCACGCGUAAGCUUUUGCCUUUGAUAGCAGGUGCAAAAUAAUAAUGUGCAUUUGUGCGUACUACUUAUCUGUGCACCAAUCAAUGCACAGUGGUUAUUAUUAAUUAAUAAUUAAGUGUGUAGCUUUAACUCAUAUAUGAUUAAUGUUUCAAGGGAAUUAAAUGUGCUGUUAUGAUUCUGCUAUGUAUAAAAAUAUAUCUCUGAUUAUAAUUAAGACCUAUUUUCUUUAUCUAUGUAUGCAUUCUGUAACUUUCAGAUACAUGUUCUGGGGUAAAUGCAUCUAGGUCACUUUUGUUGAGUAGACUUUAAGACCCAUAUUCUUUCUCUAUGUAUGCAUGCUGUAACUUUCUGAUACCCUAUUCCCAUAUGCUGCGUUUAUCGCAACCCGGCCUCGUGCUGUAACUGGCUUGAAAACUUUAAACACAUGAUUGAACUACCUUAGAAUUCUGGGUCUGAAAUAAUAAUGUUUGGUGAUUUAAAUAUUGAUAUUCUAAUUCAUAAUAACUGCUACUGGUUGGAUGUACUGGAUUUAUAUAACCUAAAACAAAUUAUUUCUUCUCCUAUAAGAGUCACAACCCAUUCAUCUACCUUAAUGGAUCAUGUCAUCCGUGUCCUCACCUAAUAAUAUUAUUGAAACUAGUGUUCCUUCAUAUUCCAUAUCGGAUCAUUAUCCAAUAUGUUUUACAUGGAACAAAAAGGGCAUAGAAAUCCCCAAAACUAAUCAUAUUUAUAUUACAUAUCGAUCUUUUAAAUAUUUUUCCGAAUCUGAUUAUAUAAAUGAUUUACAACUCGCCCCUUUUGAUAAUGUUUAUAGCACAAAUUAUCCCAAUAAAGCCCUGGAGUUAUGGUAUAAUACUAUAAUUCCAGUUAUAAAUAAACAUGCUCCACUGUAAACCAAACGUUUUAAGAAUGCUACGAAGCAGCCCUGGCUUAACAAAGAAAUUUUUAAUAUGAUGCGUCAACGCGAUUGCCAUAAAAAGAAGGGAAAUAUUACUCAGUCUAAAAUGUGUAGAAAUUUGUUAAAAAAAUAUGAUUCGGAAAGCAAAAGCUAUAUAUUUCCUGUCUUGUCUCUAAUAAUAAAACUUAUGGAAUGCCAUAAAUACAACUUUAAAGAUACAUUAUGGGAGAUAAGAUGAAGAGAUGGCAGUUCUCGCUAUAAUAGUUAAAAACUAGAUAGUGUAAAGGUAAUUUGCUGAAAAUUUCAGUCAAAUCAAUCCAAAAUGAGCCGAGAAAGAAGCCGGUGAAAUUUUUGCAUAGUCUCGGUUAUCAUUACUAAAAUCAUUAAUAUAAACAGCAUAGUCUCGAUUAUCCACUUUUUCUGAUUUAAUUAUCUUUGGCCGUUAGCGGCAUAUAGGAAUCUAAUCCAGCCUACAUCGAAGGCUAGCCUUGACAUCAAGAGUUUAUUAUGGUCUGGAUAAGUUAAUUAAUGUCUAAUUGAUAAUUUAGAUAACAUUUCAGGCCUAAAGAAAGACUUGUAAUAAGCUGAUUUAGCUCUUGCAUAAUGCAUGUUUAAAUAGAAACAAUAAUAAUUCUUAAACAAUCCCCAUAUUGUUUCGGAAGAUUUUAAUACUUAUUUUACAGAAAUUGCCAGUAAUUUAUUCGGUAGUAGUACAGCAAUUGAUAAUAUCGAUAUGACAAAAAUUUUUGACUUUGUUAAUAAUCACAGGCCUUAAUAAAUCUCUACAAGCUCUAGAUAUCACAAAAGCCGUUGAAUUAGACUCUGUUAAUGCCCUAUUUCUUCAAAAGGUGCUCACAUAAUCUCUGGAAGCCUAACCUAUAUUUAUAAUAUUUGCAUUGAUCAGAAUGUUUUCCCUACUGUUUUGAAAACUGCUAAAGUUUUACCUUUAUACAAAAAUGGACCCAAAAAUGAUCCAAACAACUACCGACCAAUUUCUAUAUAACCAAGUUUAUCAAAAGUAUUAGAGAAACAUGUCUAUUCACGUCUUACUGAAUAUCUUAAUAAAUAUCAUUUCUUGUAUUCUAACCAGUCCGCGUUCAGAUCUAAUAGCUCCCGUUUGACUGCUUUAACUAAUAUUACUGAAAAUAUGUAUGACUCCCUAAAAAAUAAUCUUCUAUGUGAGCUAUUUUCUUUGAUUUUAGGAAAGCCUUUGACCUUGUAAAUCAUAAACUGUUGCUACAAAAAUUGCAACUUCAUCAACUGUCCAAGGCAUCUAUAAUGUUGCUUAAUUCAUACCUGCUUGAUAGACAAGAAAGGAUCUUUGUAAAUGGUAAUUUGUCUUGUAAACCACCAAUAGAUCAUGGCGUACCACAAGGUUCAGUCUUGGGUCCUUUAUUAUUUAAUAUUUUUAUAAAUGAUUUACCUCUGUAUUUAAAUUCUAAAUGUGAUCUUUUUGCUGAUGAUGCAACCAUUUAUACUAGUGCAAAAACUGUCCCUGAUCUUCAAAACAAUCUUCAAAUUGAUACAGAUACGGUAAUGAAUUGGUGUAGACAUAAUAACAUGAUAAUAAGGCCAAAACAAAAUUCAUGUUAAUUACAUCGUUUGAACUUUG